UCCUCCUCCUGCUCCACUCCGCCCGUGUAUAGCGCCUCCAUCCACAUCAUCCACAUCAUCCACUCACUUAAUUCACCGCAUGUCCCCGCAGCUUUCACGGGAUUUUUCUUCUUCUUCUUCUUCUUCUUUUUUCUCCAUUACAUCAUCGCCUCGCACCAGCUCAGCACCACGCGGGGGCCACACGUCCGACCGGCAGCUGAUCGACGGUCGCUCCCUCCUGGUGUCAUCGCUCCACCGCUCUCCGAACAUCAUCCCCCCUCCCUCACAUACGCACUUGCCAUGCAGGAGGUGUAACCCUCCAUCCGCUUCCUCCUUGUGUGCCGACGGAGGGGAAACCCAAAACCGAAAAAAGAAAGAAAACACUACACUACGUGGAGCAGGUCAAGAUGUCCGACCCUGACCCCUCGUCGCCGGUGGACCCCCCGCUGCCGCUCGCCUCCCCACGCACCCCCCUGCAGCUCUCCUUCCCCUUCCUGAGGGAGGGCAGCCGGGUUUGGGAGAGGGAGAGGAAACCGCCACAGCCGGGAGAGCUGCCCAGCCCACUGCCCACCAAACGCACCCGCACAUACUCAGCGACAGUGCGAGCCAAAUCAGGUCAAGUAUUAAAAGGCGUGUGUAAAAACUUCUCCAGGUCUCAGGGUCACGGAUUCAUCCGUCCUUCUCAUGGAGGAGAGGACAUCUUUGUCCACAUCUCAGACAUCGAAGGAGAGUACGUGCCUAUGGAGGGCGACGAGGUCACGUACAAGGUGUGCCCCAUCCCGCCCAAGAACCAGAAGAUCCAGGCUGUCGAUGUGGUGAUCACCCACCUGAAUCCAGGCACCAAGCACGAGACCUGGUCGGGUCAGAUCAUCAGCUCAUAGACCGGGGGCCAUGAGUCGGCAGUGAUGGGGAAAAAGGUCUUGCAAUGGAGCUGGAGAGGAGGGUGAGGUCUGAGGAAGAGGGAUUAGAGCUAGGACGUUCGAGUGUAAAGGUUAGGCUCAGAAAUUAAAACUUUGAAUGUAUAUGUUUGAAUGUUUUUCUUUGAAGGUCGAGGUUUGGUUCAGGGGUUAAAAGUUGGGGUGUGGAAAGUUGCAGCGUAGAGGGAAUAUUGACUUUCUUUGUCGGGAAAUCAGUUGUUAGAGAAGCUGCGUCUUUGACAAGUUGAAAUGAGGAUGAAGCAGAUGGGUUAGAGGCCGAAAUGCAUUAGGAGAAACAAAUUUGAAACAAGUUUUGCCAUAUUGACCCUCCAUGAGCUCACUACUGAAGAGUUUCAUCUGAAAGGGACCGGCUCAGUGGAGGUUUGAAUCUUCCUUCCACUUUUUUGUCAUUGUUCUCACAACUGACAUAAAUUGAGUGCCACCGUUUCCCCCCAAAAAGGUCAUGUGACAAACUCGUGUCUGUGUUUACCGCAGCAGAUGGAGUCUGAAGAUAUCUGAAAAGGAAACUUCAAGUUUUGAACUUGAACUUAAAAUACAACAGGGUAUUCAACAUAAAAAUGAGUGUAAGAAUUUUUAAAAUAAUUUUCAUCCUCGAAUUUUUUCGCUGUCAUAACUAUUAUUAUAUUUGAGGUGUUAUUCUUUUCAGUUGCAGAUUUUAUGUUUUCAGAUUCAGAUCUAUUUCCUGAUCUUUUUUUCACUUUCAGAUCGAAAUUUCCCAGUUUCAGGACUAUUGGCACUAAUCUGACUUGGGGGUCGCGGUGUCAACUGAGA